ACGUCGCUGCUUUACUCUUUACUCCCGUUUCCUAUUUCUCUUCGACGUUUGGUUCAUGUUCAGUUUUAUUUUCGUUCUUUGAAUUAAUUCGAUAAUUAUUGGUCACCGAUCGCGAAGGAUAUUAGAAAAAAUUGUGAGACUAGUGCUUUUUUCCGAAAAUAAAUUAAAUAAUAAUAAAAUAAAUGAUGUGCCGACUAUCCUGAAGACGUAACAUAGGAAAAGCAGAAACGCAACCAGUCGCAAGCAUCGACGACAGGUUAGAACAAUGGCUUGGCAUUUUCCUGCGUGGUUUCGACUCAUAACAGUGCAAUACGUCGUCCUUCUCUGCGUUUUAAAAACAGGACAUUUGCACGGAGAACCUCCUCCUCGGAUCAAUUCACCGAAGCGAUACGGAGAACCCGAGAAUUCGGAUCAUCCCUCUCUGCCACCCCUAGUACCGGGAGGGCCUAAUGUAUGUCGAUCAAAUAGAAGAGUGUACUGUUGCACAGGAUGGUCGAAGCACCCAAUAACUGGAAUGUGCUUAAUCCCUGUUUGCGUACGAUCCUGCGGUCCAGGACGGUGCAUUCAUCCGAACAUUUGUUUGUGUGAUGGAGGCAGAAAAUCCCCUACGUGUGGUCUAGGAUUACAACCCCAUUCGAAAGUAGAUGCUGGUGACGGAACAUGUAAAGCGAUUUGCAUGAACGGCGGGACUUGUAAAGACAGAAAAUGCCUUUGCAAACCGGGUUUCACAGGGGAUUAUUGUACGGAACCAAUAUGCGUAGAAAAUUGCAAAAACGGCGGCCGAUGCAUCGGGCCGGACCGUUGCGCCUGUGUUUUCGGCUUCACAGGAAACCAUUGCGAAAUAGAUUACAGAACUGGCCCUUGCUAUACAAGCAUUAAAGGAUCUCUCUGUACCAACCAGCUCGAAAACGUCGUUUGUACCAAGACGCUCUGCUGUGCAACGGUGGGCAAAGCCUGGGGACAUCCUUGCGAGUAUUGUCCUUCGAAGCUUGACUGCGACGUUGGAUUUAUAAGGAACCAAAAGACCGGGGAAUGUGUCGAUAUCGACGAAUGUCAAGCAAUUCCUCAUAUUUGCGAAGGAGGCGUUUGCAUCAACCAAGUGGGCUCGUUCGCUUGCGAAUGUCCCCCGGGACAAACACGAAACCCCGACAGCAACAAAUGCAGCGACAGGGACGAAUGUCUGGAGGAAGGAAUUUGCGCAAACGGCAAAUGCGUCAACAUAAUCAACGGCUACUAUUGCCUGUGCGAUCCGGGAUUCAUACAAAGCCAGGACAAAACUUACUGCAUUGACGGGAGGCAGGGGUUCUGCUACACUUCCAGAUCGCCAAACGGCUACUGCAGAAACAGGCUGCCGAUGAAGCUGUCCAAGAAAGACUGCUGUUGCGGGGUGAACAUGGGCCAAGGGUGGGGCGAAGAUUGCGUCAGGUGUCCUCUUCACGGGGAAGACGAACAUAGGAGGCUAUGCUUCGAUAUUCCCCCAAAGCACCAGGAUGGAACGGUGACCGUCGAUGUGACCCACACAAAACAGGGAGGCAUACCGACAGCUGGCAUAAUUUCGCUGGUUAACGAGUGCGCCUUGAGGCCGGACAUUUGCGGCGAAGGAACGUGCAUCGACACCCCGGAGGCCUACGAGUGCCACUGCAAACCAGGAUACAGGAAAGGAGCUUCGCGAGUCUGUGAAGAUAUCGACGAAUGCGCCGAAGGUAAAUGCCAAAACGGCCGCUGCACGAAUCUGCCGGGGAGUUUCACCUGCAUCUGUCCUCCCGGAUUCGACGUUUCCCCCGACGGAACCAUCUGCACGGAUCACGACGAAUGCGCCGAAACCGGCAUGUGCACCAACGGUAUGUGCAUCAAUAUGCAAGGGAGCUUCAAGUGCCAGUGCAAACCGGGCUUCAAAUUAUCCCCAGCAGGCUACGCGUGUAUAGAUAUUGACGAGUGUUAUGAAAAUCCCCGAAUAUGCUUGAACGGAAGAUGUUCGAACGUUCCCGGAUCUUACACGUGCGAUUGUCUCCCAGGAUUCGUGGAGUCUGCCGACAAGACGUUUUGCAUUGACCUGAACGAAUGCGAAAACACCGGAAUGUGCACCAACGGCAAAUGCGUCAACAUGGAAGGAUCGUUCAGAUGCGUGUGCGAUUCCGGCUUCAGAUUAGGUCCUGAUGGCAAGCAUUGCGUGGACAUUGACGAGUGCGUUCAAAAUCCGUGUCAACACGGCACCUGCUUCAAUACACCCGGAAGCUUUCGAUGCGAAUGUCAUUCAGGCUUCACCCUGGGCCCAGACGGACGUUCCUGUUUGGACACCAGAAGAGACAUGUGCUAUCAGCAGUACAAAGACGGACUUUGUCUCAAUCCUUCGACCGUUGCAGUUACGAAAUCGUCCUGCUGUUGCUGUUCAGUCGUGACAGGUCAGGCCAUGGGCUGGGGUACGAAUUGUCAACCGUGUCCGCUACCAGGAACAGACGCGUUCGACGCCCUGUGUCCUAGCGGACCGGGACUAACCUUCGACGGCAACGACAUCAACGAAUGCGUGCUCAGUCCGAACAUUUGUCAAAACGGCGCCUGCGAAAACAUGAUAGGAACGUACAGGUGCAUCUGCAAUCCGGGAUUUGAAGUGGACGAAACGGGAAAAAUCUGCACGGACAUCAACGAAUGCGUCGUAGAAGAAUUGGUUUGUAGCGGAGGACAGUGUCGAAACACUCCCGGCAGCUUUCAGUGCAUCUGUCCGACCGGAACCCAGCUCAAUCCCAGCACGUACGUCUGUGAAGACAUAGACGAAUGCAAAGAUCUGGGACCCGAGGCCUGCUUCAACGCCGAAUGCGUGAACACCGUGGGAUCCUACAAAUGCGAAUGCGACCCCGGAUCCGUUCUGGACAGCACCUCCAGGGUUUGUAUAGACAACAGGAAAGGUUCCUGCUGGACGAAGAUGGUACACAACAGAUGUGAAGACAAUCUCCCCCACUUGAGCCGACGGUUGGAGUGUUGCUGUUCGAUAGGGGUGGCGUGGGGAUCUCCCUGCGAAAAAUGCCACCGUAGCGAAUGCGAGUGUCCUAAAGGAUAUUGGAAAGCGGACGGCAAAACGUGCACGGACAUCAACGAAUGCGUCUUGAGUCCGGAGAUUUGCAGGGGCGGAGGCACUUGCGUAAACACCGACGGCAGUUUCACCUGCACAUGUCCUCCAGGACUCACCCUAGACGUCACGAAAACGCAAUGUCUGGACGUGAGAGAAGAGCAGUGUUUCGCACGGUACAAACACGGAAAAUGCAACUAUCCCAUCGACGGCCUGUUCCACAAGAGCUUGUGCUGUUGUUCUUCCGUUGGUAAAGCGUGGGGUGACAAAUGCGAACCCUGCCCGAAACCGGGCACUGCCGCAUUCGCCGACCUCUGCCCAAAAGGAACCGGAUUCGUCGAUCGCAAAGACAUAAACGAAUGCGCCGAUUUUCCCGGCAUGUGUCUUAACGGUCGAUGCACCAACACCCUAGGAGGCUACAACUGCAGAUGCAACAAGGGCUACGAUUUCGACGAGACGAAAUUGCAAUGCAUCGACAUCGACGAAUGCUCCAUAACCGAGAGUAACGUGUGUGGCAACGGCGUUUGCAAAAAUAUUCCGGGAGACUUCGAAUGCGAGUGCAAAGACGGAUUCAGGACCAUGGCCCCGAUGCAAGUUUGCAUGGAUAUCGAUGAAUGCGAGGAGACGCCGGGAUUGUGCAGAGGCGGUCAGUGUAUCAACACAGAAGGAUCUUUUAGGUGUCAGUGUCCUCCUGGUCACGAACUAGCACCGGACAAGAAGUCCUGCAAGGAUAUCGACGAAUGUUCCAGGACGAGCGGGAUUUGUUCCAACGGCUUCUGCGAAAACAUGCUCGGCACCUAUCAAUGCAUAUGCAACGAAGGAUAUCAACAAACAGGGAUGAAAUCUCACUGUGAAGACGUCGACGAGUGCGAAGAGGAGCCUUGCGACGACAUUUGCGUUAACACUCCCGGAAGUUUUGAGUGUUCCUGCGGGACUGGCUACACUCUCAUGUUGGACGGGCGCACCUGCGUUGACAUGGACGAAUGCAAAGAAAACCCGAGGAUUUGCAACGGGGGCAAGUGUACCAACACCCAAGGGGGUUACAUUUGCGAAUGUACAGGAGGACUGGUUCCAGGGCAAAACGGAAAAUCAUGUUUAGAUAUAAACGAAUGCAAAGAAAAUCCAAGCAUAUGCGGAAACGGCGAAUGCAUCAACACCCAGGGAUCCUUCCACUGCAGAUGCGAAGAAGGAUAUUCCGUUAAACCAGGAGAGGGACAGGCGUGCUCCGACGACGACGAAUGCUUCCUGGGAACGUACGUGUGUCACGAGAACGCCGAUUGCAUAAACAAUCCCGGAUCGUACCAGUGCCGAUGCCAAGACGGUUUCACAGGUAACGGCAUCAGCUGUCGCGACAUCAACGAAUGCCUCACGAACAACGGAGGUUGCGACCAAAACGCUCAAUGCGUAAACACCGAGGGAUCGUUCAAGUGCGUCUGCGACACCGGAUUCCGCGGCGACGGAUACUCCUGCAUGGACGUGGACGAGUGUUCGAACGACGCGUCUCUCUGCGAGAACGGACAGUGCCUCAAUUAUCCGGGAUCGUUCCGGUGCGAAUGCGAAAUGGGAUUCAUGCAUCCGUCCUCGACAAACGAUCAGACCUGUGUUGACAUCAACGAGUGCCAGAUGUUCAACAAUCUCUGCAUAUUCGGCCGGUGCGAGAACGUUUUUGGCAUGUUCAAGUGCGAAUGUAACGACGGCUACAAGCUCGACAGUUCGGGAGGAAAUUGCACCGACAUCGACGAGUGCGAAAGUUCCCACGCCUGUUUGUACGGCAAGUGCAUCAACGAAGAAGGAGGAUACAAAUGCGUCUGUCCGUUCAACUACGAACUCAUCAAGGAAGGAAACGCGUGCAUAGAUCGCCGAACAUCCAGGUGUUACGUCAACUUCGACGACUACGGAAGAUGUAUGGAUUACACUGCGGAUUACGUGACCAAAGCUUCCUGCUGUUGUUCCAUAGGGAAAGCGUGGGGGCCGCACUGCGAGCACUGCCCUCCGGAGAAUAGCAAAGAACACGAAGCACUGUGUCCGGGAGGUCCGGGAUAUAAACCCAACGACGUUACCGUCGUUCUGGAGGACAUAAACGAAUGCGAAGAGCAUCCCAACAUCUGCAAGAACGGACACUGCACCAACACAUUCGGAAGCUUCAUGUGCUCCUGCAACGACGGUUUCAGACUGGAUCCAUCGGGAGUCAUUUGCAUCGACAUUAACGAAUGCGAGGAGAAUCCCAACAUCUGCAACAUUGGCCAGUGUGUAAACGAACCUGGGAAAUACUUUUGCCAAUGUCCGGAAGGAUACAUGCCACUUCCGGGAGGACGCGAAUGUGUCGACAUGAGGAAAGACAUCUGCUAUCUGAGCUACAGCCGAUGGCGCUGUUCCACUCCCAUGACCCAAAACCAGACAAAGAAGGUGUGCUGCUGCUCCAUGGGCCAGGCUUGGGGCCAACCGUGCGAACCCUGUCCAGUUCCAGGCUCCAAUGAUCACGUGGCGCUUUGCGGAGUACGCCCGGGACAAAUAGUCAACCCGAUGACCAACGAAACCGAAGAGAUCGACGAAUGUCAGCUCAUGCCGACCAUGUGCACGCACGGGUCGUGCAUGAACACCCCGGGAAGCUUCGAGUGCCGUUGCAACAGGGGCUACAUCUACGACAUUAACUCGCACCAGUGCAUAGACGAAAACGAAUGCCAGAGGGUGCCGAAUCCUUGCGAAGGGAACGCUCAAUGCAUCAAUUUACCGGGCAGUUUCGAGUGCAAGUGCCCGGAAGGUUACAAGCACGGUCCCACCCUCAUGGACUGCAUCGACAUCGACGAAUGCAUCGAAAGACCAAACAUAUGCAACAACGGUCAAUGCAAGAACCUGCAAGGAAGUUUCCAAUGCAUAUGCACAAAAGGAUUUUUACUGACGCCAUCGCGUGAUAAUUGCAUAGAUAUCGACGAAUGCGUGAGAUAUCCGAACGUCUGCAACAACGGAACAUGCGUCAAUCAAAUUGGAACGUACAAGUGUCAUUGCAAUCCCGGAUUUCGCCUAAGUCACAACAACGAUUGCGUAGACGUCGACGAGUGUUACAUGAUGCCCUUCCUGUGCCGAAACGGUCGAUGUAGGAACACCCUGGGAUCCUUCAGUUGCGAAUGUGCCACCGGUUAUGUCUUAUCCAGCGACGGUCACAAUUGCAGGGACGUUGACGAAUGUCACGAGGUUCCGGGUACCUGUCCCACUCCAGGCAAAUGCCAAAACGUGAUGGGUUCGUACAUAUGCACCUGUCCCGAAGGAUACAAGCUCAGCACGAUUACCAACAUGUGCGAAGACAUCGACGAAUGCGUGGACAAUCCCGAUCUCUGCUUAAACGGCGUCUGUAUCAACACGAACGGAGCCUCCAUGUGCAGAUGUCCAGAAGGCUACAUCCUAGAUCAUCGUUCCUUCACAUGUGUGGACGUUAGACAAGAUCAGUGUUACGAAAGGAUAGAGAGGGAACGCUGCGUGGAACCGCGGGGUAUGAUUGCCACCAUGAAGGAAUGUUGCUGUUCGAAAGGCGCCGCUUGGGGCAGAUAUUGUGAACGUUGUCCGCACGAAGGAUCUGUGGAGUUUGCAAAAUUGUGUCCAGAAGGACCCGGGCGGAUGGACAGCGGCAGCGAUCUCAACGAAUGCGAACUAAUGUCGAACAUAUGCGACGGAGGCGAUUGCGUUAACACGGACGGUUCCUUCAGAUGCGAGUGCCCUGCGGGAUACGUUCUCGAUUCCAGUGGGAGAAAAUGCGUCGACGACAACGAAUGUUUCAAAAAUCCAUACGUGUGUGGAAACGGGACUUGCACCAAUAUAGUGGGGGGAUUCGAGUGUGCCUGCAACGAAGGAUUUGCUCCAGGAUCGAUGCAAGUGUGCGAGGACAUCAACGAGUGUUUGGAAUACGGAAAUCAGUGCGCCUUCAGAUGUCAUAACGUUCCAGGAUCGUUCCGAUGCACAUGUCCAUACGGAUAUACCAUUUCCCCCGACGGACGCCACUGUCAAGAUGUGGACGAAUGUUUGACGCCUGCGAAUAAUUGCAAGUUCCAAUGCAAGAACCUCAUCGGCUCCUUCAUGUGCAUAUGUCCCGCCGGUUAUUCUCAAGUGGGAAUGACCGACGAUUGCGAGGAUAUCGACGAAUGCGCCGAAAAUCCUUCCCUAUGUCUUCACGGACGUUGCGUAAACUUACAGGGCUCCUACAGGUGCGAAUGUCACAACGGAUUCGAACCCAGUCCCGACCAGAAGAAAUGCGUUGACAGACGGGUGGGUUUUUGCUUCAGGAAACUCGUCAACGGUCACUGCACUGCUAACAAUCGCGAAAUGAAUCGCGUAACCCAAGCAGAAUGCUGCUGCUCCAUGGGCGACGCUUGGGGCCCAAACUGCGAACUUUGUCCGCCCAAAUACUCAGUUGAAUACGAAGAAUUGUGUCUGGAAAGUGGCAUAACGAUCGACGGCAAAGACAUCAACGAAUGCCUAACAAUACCGGAUCUGUGUAAAAACGGGAGGUGCAUCAACACGAUGGGAUCCUACCGCUGCAUGUGCGACAAAGGUUUCAAGCCCGAUCACGACGGUCUUCACUGCAUUGACAUCAACGAAUGCGAACACGGCUCAUCGCCGUGUAAGCACGAGUGCAAAAACACUUUCGGCAGCUUCCAGUGCUCGUGUCCUGCAGGAUUCGUGCUCAAUCCGGACGGAGUAUCUUGCCGCGAUCUGGACGAAUGCGAAACGGGACAGCACGUUUGUCAACAGACCUGCACCAACACCCAAGGAAGUUACAAGUGCUCCUGCGAAAAAGGAUACAACCAAAUUGGAGACGAUUGCGAAGACAUCAACGAAUGCGAUCAAAUCGGCGUCUGUCCGAAACCGGGACGAUGCGUUAACAUCCUGGGCAGCUACAAGUGCGUGUGUCCCCGAGGUUAUAGGACGGACCCCACAGGAACUUACUGCGUCGACUCGGACGAAUGUGCCGAAGAUGGAAAAUGUCCCGAAGGUUGCCAGAACCUCAUAGGCGGUUACAGGUGCGGAUGUCCCGAAGGAUACGUCCUUCACUAUCUGUACAACAAAUGCGUAGACGACAACGAGUGUACAAACAACCCCUGCGGAGACUCCAGCAACUGUUUCAACACGCCGGGCAGUUACAGAUGUGGAUGUCCCGAAGGGUACCAAUUCGAUAACGGCAUAAACAUGUGCAUCCAAGUCAGUCCACAGUGCGUCGGAGCCCCUUGCGCCUACGGAUGUUCGGCAACAGGAGCCAGCUACAGCUGCAGCUGUCCACAGGGUUAUCAACACAUCGGACAAGGUCACUGCUUGUCGACCAUCACCCCCUCAGUGGCCAGCUACGCCCCUGAUAUCGGAAACGCGCCGACUUAUUCCAUAAACGGAUACAAAGGCAUCAACGAUGAUAAAUUUAUAACGUCAGAGGGAUGUUUCUCUUGCAAGUUGAACGGUAGACAUCGAAGAGAUUCAAAAUUGCGAAGAUACAGCAAAUUGAUCAGAAGAAGGCUGGCAUCAAGACAUGCCAGAGUUCGACGAAGUCCAGAUGAUGGUGCUCCUCAGCACGCCGAGCAACUGAUGUUAAAAAUCACCACCGAACAAACCAAACACCAACAUCGCAUACUUAAAUUACAGCCGUCCGUAAAGCAUAACACCGAAUACUCGAUUGUAAAGGGUAACGAAAAGGGUAAGCUUCAACUGUUGAAAAGUUACGGCACGUGGUCGUUAAUGUUUAAGCGACGCCUCAAACACCCCGAACAGUUUCAUUUGAUAAUUCACGGCAAGAGGACGAGCGUUCAAAAUAACGAAACGGUGGAAAACGAACUUUACGAACGACCCCUGUAUCUGCGGGUGAGAUUGAUAGUGACCAAGUAGCUUCUAGCAAAACAACAAUCAUAUCUAUUACGAAUGUAAAUCGACUUUAGGUAAUUUAUUUUUGUUUGUUUUAUUGUUACAUUUAAUAAGUCUUUAACUAUCGUAACAACCGACUGAAUUGUAAGGAAAUAACAAAUAACAUCUCUCAACGUCGUGUGACAUUUGGAAUUAUUAUAAUGUUUUAAUAAAAUGAAAAUAAAAUGUG